AAUUGGGUGCUGCUAAGACGAAGAAUGGGGAGGUAUCUUUUUUCUCCUUCGUCUUAUUUCUUCCUCAUCGUGCCCAUCGCGGCUCCUAGAUAAAAAUCGAGCUGGAAAUUGGAGAGAGAAUCCAUGGCGAGUCCAUCGCUCCAUUUCGCCGAUCCAGCGAGCAAUUUGAUGGGCAGUUUUGCUUCGUUUCGAGGACCUAAAUGCAGGAGAAAAAGCUGCUUGAGAGCUAUGGCGUCGUCGAGCUCCAAAAACCUCGAGAUUGUCUAUGAUCCGGUCGGGAGGUAUGAAGAGCUCACCAGGGAGCUGCAAACCUCGGGUGGUUUUGCUCGAAAUCUUACAUUGUUUUCGCCAUCCAAGAUCAAUGUUUUCUUGAGAAUCACGAGCAAGAGACCUGAUGGCUACCACGAUUUAGCAUCACUCUUUCAUGUGAUUAGCCUGGGAGAUACUUUAAAGUUUUCAGUUUCUCCUUCUAAAAAGAAAGACUCGCUUACAACAAAUGUGUUUGGAAUCCCACUCGACGACUCAAACUUGGUGAUCAAAGCUCUAAAUCUUUAUAGAAAGAAGACCGGGAGCGACACAUACUUCUGGGUUCACUUGGACAAAAGAGUUCCAAGCGGUGCUGGCCUUGGAGGUGGCAGUGGUAAUGCCGCCACUGCUCUCUGGGCCGCAAACCAGAUAAAUGGAAACCUUGCUAGCGAAGCGGAUCUACAAGAAUGGUCUGCGGAGAUCGGCUCUGAUAUUCCUUUCUUUUUCUCGCAUGGAGCAGCCUUUUGCACUGGCCGUGGAGAGAUUGUUCGAGACAUUCCAGCUCCGUUGCCUUUGGACACUCCACUCGUGCUCAUCAAGCCCAAGGAAGCGUGUCCUACUGCGGAAGUCUACAAGCACUUUCGAAUUGCCGACGCGAGCUCUGAGGAUCCGGAGGAGCUACUGAGAAAGAUCAUUGAGAAUGGAGUCUCGCAAGACGUUUGCAUCAACGACCUUGAAGCUCCAGCAUUUCAAGUGCUACCAUCUCUGAAGGCUCUCAAGCAGCGGAUAAUGGCAGCCAGCAGGGGCAAAUACAAGUCCUUGUUCAUGUCAGGAAGUGGUAGCACUCUGGUUGGCGUGGGAGACCCCGAGCCGCCAGAAUUUAUAUACGAUGAUGAGCAACAUAGUGAUACGUUUGUUUCAGAAGCAUAUUUUGUGACAAGGAGAGAUAACGAAUGGUACCAGCAGCCACUCUCGCAACCCGAGGCAGUCAUAGACAAGCAUGACAUCAAUGAAGUUUACAAUCAGCUCUUCACAGGAUCUGAUAAGUGAGGAUCGAAUUGAUCCAUUCCAUCGUCGAAAGAAAUCUAUCAUAGCAUAUCACUCAAGAGUGGACCCGCUAGAAAUCACGCAACAUUGGACGCGUUAGAACGCUGAGAUCAGCAUAAGCUAGGAGCGAGCAAAAGAACUGAUGGAAAGAGAGUUAUAAACUAGGAA